GACCACAGGUAUUGUGGUUAAUGUAAACAUGAUUCCUUGUAAAAAAAAAGGUUUCAGUUUUGUUGCCAGAAAAAAGGGUAAAAAAACUUAUUCUGGAUUUUAAAAUUUCAGGUGAAACCCAUGUAACCACGCUUGGUAUAACAUAUAGCCAAUGGACCGCAACAUAUAUUGGCAAUUAAAGUUAAGCAAUACAGUACUCCAUUUUAUCUUACAAAGUGCGAGCAAUGCAAACCUCUGAAACCAAUUUCUAGCUUGUGAGGCCAUGGAAGCGUGUUUUAAAUGUGCCACGAGACAGUCUGGUCCCUUCACCUGAUGAAGGCCGCUUGUGUUGUGGCCGAAACGUGUUUUUUGUUUUACUUUUACCUACGUGACUUUACCGAAUAGAACCAAAGAGUAUGGAUCCUUGCAGUCACGAAAGCUUCAAAUCUAGAAUAUAUAUCCUGCAAGUACUGCUAAGCCUCCACUCGCUUUACGCAAGCCAAGCGCGGGCUAAAAAUACAAACAGCUGCACCAAUAACAUCGGGCGCGGCGGAGUGAUUGACACCCAGGGCUUGGGAGGUCGUGGCACGGGAUGAGAAUUUAAGCUCGGGAGCGUUGCCCGCUCAUGGCAGGACGCGGGGGCAGGGCUCACACACCCCGUCUGAAGGUGCAACCCAACUUGGAGCUGAUAACUGUUUCUGCCACCACCCGCCAACACCACCCAUCAGUCGCCGUCAGCUUGCGGGCAUGGAGCACUCCUCACUGAUGCCCGAACCCGGGCGGGUCCCGGGAGGAGCCGCGGCCGACGGGGACCGCGGCGGCGUCUUCACGGACACCGCGGGCUUCGCUGCCAUGGACGCGGCGGUGCCCGGACUCUCCGGAGUCAUCUUGCGAAAACUCAACCUCAGCGGCUUCGAUGACUACAGGAUGGCGCUGCAGGGGAAGAAAAGCCUCACGGAGUUUGGGAUCCACACGUACCGGGACAUGUUCCGCAAGAUCGAGGACACCUACACCUUCUGCGCCCACUGCAAGAAGCUGCCGGACGGCCUCCCCGCGGGGAGGACGCUGGCACGCUGCAAACGGUGUCAGAACGUGUACUACUGUGGCACCGAGUGCCAGAGAGCCAACUGGCCGCUGCACAAGAAGUUCUGCAAGAAGCUGAAACACGCGGCCAUUGACCGUCUGGUGGAAUGGCUCAUCUUCACAGGGAACCUUCCGUUCACGAGCGGCGCGUGGCCGCGCGAGGCGGAUGAGGUGCGCGGCUGGGACGACUGGCUGUCCAUGCAGCCGGGCAGCGGGGAGGACGCCCUGCGCGCUGUGCUGGCGUGCCGCUACAUGGGCCUGCUGUGGGCUAACGCCGGCAAGCCGCGGCCCGACGACGCUGAGCUGCUGGCGUCGACGCGGCGCGUGCUCAGCGACGCGCUCUCCCGGCCGCUCACCGUGGGGUUCGCGCUACGGCGCUUCGGCCUGGACCCGCGGCAUGGCCCCGUCACGGUGCACGUGGCUGGGGCGUCGCACACCGAGACGCUGGACACACGCCUCACCGACUACGACGAGCUGGGCUGCAUGUUCCCACAGCACCGGGGCGUGGAGGUGGUGAUGAUCGGCCCCGAGGUGGUGGAGGGCACCAUGACUCGGACUCCGCUGCAGGCAGGAGCCGAACCAGGCACGGUGUACAUGAGCGGCUGGAAGGGUCUCUACCACGACUACUGGGAGACUCUGGUGGAGACCGGCCGUGCUGCGCGGCCAUCACUCGUCGUGAGCUUCCACCCAGGUUUCCAUGCCAACAAGGGCCUAGUCGAGGGCUGGUUCCCAACCCUGCUGCUCCUUAGAGACUACAACAUCCCCUCUUUCUUCACCAUGUACAGCGAGGCCGAGUUGAAGCCUUCGCUGCAGAUCCUGCGCGAGCUGGAGGUGCGCGUCCUGUCCCACGGCAGCAAUCCCUUCGGGGCGCUGCGUCUCGAGCAGGUGCAGUCCAAUCCCAACAAGCCGCUCGUGCGAAGCAACGCUACCUACGUUGCCUUCCUGGGCGCCGUCGACGACCCGGAGGAGGGACCGGGCCCUGACUGCGAUUUGAGUGACGCCAUCGUCCCGCUGGACUAACGCGAAGAUCCGCGAGGGAUUUUACCAGCGACGUCCUCUUGAUGUCUGGGGAAAAAAGUAACCUGCGUAACUCGUAAAAUGAGCAUGCUUUUUGUUAGUCAGAAUUGUCUUCCAUUUAAAAGUGUAGCUGGUGGAGUUACCGAGGUGAAACAUUUAUUACUAGGAGGAUGUCGCCAUGAGGGAAUGAUCAUCAGAGUGGCCUAUGGAUUGAUCCGGAGGUCGCCACCUCAAUUCAAAACAAUGGUGCGAGUUUCUUAAAACGCCCUGCCCCUGUCUAUCCGCCAGUUUAAAUGGGUAUACCAGUUAAUUGGCAGAUUACACUGAGCUAUUAGCUCUUUUUCAGAAGCGACCUGGCCACUUGGCCACAAAUGAUAGCUCAACGAAGUGGCUUAUCACGUGGAAAUAUGUAGCAGUGACAUACUCUAAACACGUUUCUAAAUGUCA